AAGGCGAAGAAGAAGUCAGCGAGCAAGGUGGCGUUCCGCUACCCCACCACCUCCACCCCCGCUGCUGCUCCUACUCCUGCUGGUGAUAGGGAUGGUGUGCAGCAUCAGUACCGGGAUGCGGGCAUCCAGGCAAACAUGCUGUCGCCUCCUUCUUCUCCCGCUCCCCGCAUCAUCACUCCGACAGUGACGCGUGCGGCUAGGAAGACAGCGCCGCGGGUGGAUGUCGCUACACAGACGAUAAAGUCUGGCGGCGGCAGCGAAGGCGGGGUACAGAGAGACACGGGAAGGCAAGAACAGGUGAAGAGGCAGCAGCAGCAGCAGCAGCAGCAGCAGCAGCAGCAGCAGCGGGAGCAACAACAACAACAACAACAACAACAACAGCAACAGCAGCAGCAGCUACAACAGCAGCAGCUGCUCGAGAAACAUAUGCAAUUUGAGCAACAGCUGUUCGAGCGAGAUGCGCAAAUUCUACAACAGUACAUGAGGCCAGUACAACAGCAAGAGCAACAGCUGCAACAACGUUAUACCCCGUACGAACAGCCGCAGCACUACCAGCCAACAGGCUCCUACCAAGAUCACACGUACUCCCAUGUCACGCCCCCACAUGACGAUGCCUACACAGCGAGCCAGUACCAGCCUAAGCAGCCACCCGAAAACGUCCCAAUGUCGCAGCCUUACUAUAAAAGCCAUCAGCCAGCCCCAACUACCUACCAAGGUCUUUACCAAGGUCAUCAACCAGCGACUUCCUACCAGGAACACGCACCCUACUACGACGAACAGAGGCCGAUGGAAGUUGCUCACCUGACGGUGGCGCCAUCUGUGAGCGCCGGCGGCGCGCAGGUCGACGACAAGCCGCUCUCUUUCGUCGAUAACAUCAGCAAGUUCUACCAGCUCGACGUGACGGCUACGCAGAAAAAAUAUGCAGAGCAGCGAGAGCGCCAGCAGAUGCAGAAAAAGAAGACGUGGCAGCCGCCGCGGCCGCCGGAGCCGGAGCAGUCGCCAUGGCAACCACAGGCGGCACCGCAGCAAGCAUGGGCGGCGCACGAACAGCAGCAGUCGCCUCUGUCACCAUGGCAACAGCAGCAGUCCCUGCCAACAUGGCAACAGCAGCUCCAGCAGCAGAUGCCGGCAGCUGGAUUCGUUGAACAAACGUACCCGUCCUCGCAGCACAGCGCGCCCAUUCCCAGCCGUGCGAGCUCGCUCGGCGAGCCAUCUAUCGGCUACGCGGACAGCGAGGUCAGCGUCGGCAGCGGUGGCGCUGCCGCUGCCGCUAGGAGCUACGUGCAGUCGGAGCCAUCACCGCUACACUCAUCCCAGAUUCCGGUUAAGAUCAGACAGCCGCGUCGCUGGAACCCCUCGUCCUCUCUCGCCGCCGACCCGCUGCCUCGCCCCGCAGCGCCGCUAGAUGGCGCCAGCAGCGGCGUGCACGUGACGAGCAAGAUCAGGGACGUAGCGGGUCAGGUGAAGCGGGCGGAGUCAAUGGGGGCAGGAUACAUGAGGGAGGGUUAGCUACGCCCACUGCCCGACCCUAACUCUAAUCUUCAUCCUAAUCCUAACACAAAUGCUAACUCUAACUCUAACUCUAACCC